AACCCAUCCGAAAUUUCGGUUUCGUCAUGAGAGUUCCCCAAAUUGUGCGUUCGGCAUUUGAGUAUCUGCGAGUAUCUGCAUCUAUGAAUCUUUUUCAAAUGGUGCUUCAAAUCCAAACGUAUCCGCACGCAUUCGUAUGCGAAUGCGAUCAAAAUGUAUUGGCAGAGACCGAAAUAAAGUGCACAUGGCUCGCCGCCGAUUGAUAAAAGAUAAAAAUAAAGAGAUCGGCCUCUCUUUAUGCGGAAUGUGUGCUCGCAUUCGCCUGUAAAUUCUCGAAGGGAACGCGUGCAAUUCGGAGCAUCGAAGCACCCAAGGUGAUUACAUAAAGCCAGAAAACCAGAACCAUGCAGAAGGCCAUCAAGAAGGAGCUCAGCUUCUCGCUGGACACGCUGGAGCGCUACCGGGCCAAGUACGGACGCAGUGCAUCGCUGGACACAAACGGCUCUCCGAUUGCUCACACAGACGGCGAGCCGGUUGCUCCUCUGCCGCCAUCGCCCUCGAUCUUCACAAAGUCCUUGUCGCCACCGAAGAUGACCAAGCUGCAGGAGCUGCAGCAGAAGAAGGAGGCCUAUUUGAGGGCCAAGGAGCACGAGCGGGAAAUGGAGCAGCUGCAGCGCACAGAGCGAAGGUCCAUCAUAAAUGGUUCGGAUACGCCCAAACCCAAGACAGGCAGCCCACCGAGCACUUCUCCGACUCCGAAUGCUAGUUCCUCGUCAACCGCUGCCGUGGCCACCAAGUCAACCAGUCCAGCUGGCUACACCAACUGGUCGAAUCACCAUGCCACACUCUGCUCCCAGUCGUGGGUGGCCAUCUCCGAGCUCAUGUACUUCUGCGACAAGUAUGAGUUCACCACCCUCAGCACCCGCGACCUGAGGACGCACCAGGAGAUCGUGGCCGAGGUGAGAGCUCUGCUGUCCGGCAAGGCGCCCUUCGAUCAGCGCACCCGCUUCCCGGGUAACAUCCACGAUCCGGAGAACCUGUGGGUUUGCAUCGGUCGCUGUGCCAGCGUGGAGUACCAUCUGCAGCGCAUCAUCAGCAUCUUCCGGAAACCUCUCAAUCAAUUGACACCGGACAAACAGCGAACGGUCCGUCAGAACUUCCACCUGGCGGUCAGCGAACUGCGGCUGGACAUCUCGGCGAGGAUCAGCGAGGUGCGGCUGUACGACCGCCUGGUCUUUGAGCGCGAGUUCCGGCUGGAGUGGCAGGAUGCGGAGGCCUAGUGGAUUAAGGCGUUGUAAACGGAUGAGUGGGUGGACGAUAACGUUUAUUGGCAACUCUUCGCUCUUUUUUGCGGUGCGCGGUG